CGUGAUCACACGCCCACACUUUUCAAACGCCAUGUUGCAGAUUUUUUUCAGUUCAGUUUGAGUGAUUUUCUCCCGCAGAAUGUCCAGUCCUAGACUGAGUCUCUCUGAGAUGACUGACACCAUGGAAGUUGAGAUGAAGUCAGCUGCUACAAAUGAAGCCAUCCAUGACACAGCCACUAAAGGGGAGCAAGAUGAAUCAGUGCCACACAAACCCAAGAGCAGGAUAUUUCCAGGGGAAAUCAUAGAAGGAAAACGAGAGAAGAAGACGGUCCAGAGAUUCAAUAUGCAGAUGGGUAAACCAAAAGAGAAGCUGAAAAUUGAGAGUAUAGGCCAUGGGGACAAAUUGGGAGACAUUGCUCGUGUCAAUCAUGCCAUCGGAAAACUCAAAGCCCCACAGCUAAAACCACUUCAUAAGAUUCUAUAUGAUCGUCCAGGAGCAGUAUCUUCACUAAGGAAACACCUGCGAUUGUUCAAUGGAUUUCCAUUUGAAAGUGACAGUGACCCUUACAACAAAAAGAAGGAAAAAGUGUUAAAGCUUCCUAAAAUACAACUCAGGACUAUUUGUCAAAUUCUUGAUCUUGAGAGAAGUGGCACUCAGUGUGUUCUGGGUGAUAGGAUUAUGCAGUUUCUCAUAAAUCCCACAAAUUCUGGAAAGCCAGUGAUCUUGAAAAAGAAGAGAAAGAAGAAAUCUACAAAAGAUGCCAAAAGAGAAAAGAAAAUUUUAUCCAAGAGUAAGCAGCAGCAGUUAGAAAGUGGGAAGUCUAAAGCAAUUGUUACUGAUUCCAGCAGCGAUGAAGCUGAUGAAGAAGAUGAAGAUAAAAGUAAAAACAAGGAUGGUGAAAAGUCAGACAGUCAAAAACAUGAAGAUGAGGAAAGCAUGUCUGAAGAAGAGGAGAACAUGGAUUCAGAUGAAGAACCAGAGGAUGAUAAGGAUGAAGAGGUGGGUAAAUAUGCAAAGGCACCAAAGUCAAAGAAACCCAGUAGUAAAAAGAAACCCACCACAAAGAAGGCUGCCGACUCUGAUCAGGCUGUAUCAGAUGAAGAUGAUGAUGAUGAUGACGAUGACGAUGAUGAUGAGUCUGCUGAAGACACGCCUCCAAAAACAGUUAAAAAGAAACCAGCUCCCCAGAAGAAAGUGAAGGCCAAGCCUGCUCCCAAAACAAAGAAAGCAGACAGCAGUAGCAACAGAAAGAAAAAUAAUGCAAGCAAGACCAAAUUGAAGAUUGAAAGCUCAGAUGAUGAUGAUGAUGAUGAUGACGAGCCUCUGAUCAAGAUGAUUAAAAAGCCACCAAGUAAUGAACAGUUGAAAUCAGCUGUCAAAGACCUUCUGAAAGAUGCAAACCUAGAGGAAGUGACGAUGAAGCAGAUUUGCCAACAGGUUUAUGACCUUUAUCCAGACUUUGACCUGACGUCCAGGAAAGACUUUAUCAAGCAGACUGUGAAGAGUCUACUAUCCUAACAGGAGGAAGCCAUUCUUUUUCUCUUUUUUUUUUUUUUUUUUUUUUUUUUUUUGAAGAACAGUUUGCAGAGUUACAGAAGAGUGUGUAUAGUCAUCCUAUUUUCAUAAAUACAAUUGAUCAUUAUUUUGUCUUAUCAUAUUUUUUGCAGAAUUAUCAAAUGUUUGUGCAUCCUCUUUGUAUAGCUUUAUAUUUGAGAAUACAUGGAUCAUUUUGUAUAGCACGUGUACAUAUAAGGUUUUACCCCCUUAAAAAGGAAAAAAAAGUUCUAAAUUUUGAUGUACAUGUAUUUUUACUGUUGGAGAAACAUGAUUUUGAUCUAAUUUGAUGCUAAUUUUGUGUUUGAUCAAUGUACAGGUAUUAGUUUUUUCUCGUUCACAGUGUGGUCUGUUUUAUUUUUCUAGUUUACCUCUGUUAUUUAUUUCUUUUCUUGUUAUAGAAAUGAUGCAGGGAGAGAAGUCAAAUUUACACUCAAUUUUACAACUUCACUCAUUACAUAUAUAUUCGAUCAGCCAAUUUAAUUUCUCACUAGAGUAAGAGCUAAUUAGAAGCUUCGGACUAUUACUUUAAGUCAAGCAAACUGGAGGCUGAAAUCAUCACAUGCUUUACAUCGCUGAGCUGUGAUAACGUAAAAAUAAUUUAACAAAACUAGCAAAGAAAUGUCUACUGUCACAUUUAAAGGGGUUAACAAAUAACAACCCACAGCUUAUUUGUUGAUCAACAUGGCUGCCAUUGAAGCUUUCAGCAGUGUGAUGAAUUUUUAUCUUUUAUUUUGAUGACAGUUCAUUUGGCAGGUCAUUUGGUUGAUUAUUAACAUGAUAUACACAGAAUGAGUGGCUUAAAUAAAGUGUAAAUUUGACUUCCCAAACCCCUGUUUUAUUGUGUGUAUGAGAGCAUACUUGCAAAUGUUUGAUUUAUAUAUGUGACUUUUAUUUUCUUGGACUGUUUUGAAUAUAGAUCACUGAUAUUAAGUAUUUUCCUCUGCAGAUUAUGUUUACAAUACUUGUCUGACUUUCUGGUAUGAACAGGCAAAUAACCGCUCAACUAACGUUACAGAUGGAAUGCUAGUGUGUAAAUAUCCUUUCCCAUUCUUUUUUAAAAUAAGCUGGUUUUAUAUUUAACAGGACACGUUUUCAGUAGUAAACACAUUAACUUUUGCUGGAACUUAUUGUCAUGUGUAAUUCAAAAUUACAUUCUUUUUUCUGGCUUAAUUUAGGUAUGCACUUCUUUACUGGGUAUGUGUAAAGAAUUGUCAUAACUGAAUCAAGGAAAUAAAAAGUUUUUUAAUUGUA